GGGUGCUGAGCAGGCGUCUCUCCGGCGCUGGCUGCUUUCACUCGCUGGCUCUCCAGCACUCCUCACUUCACUCACUCGCCCGGGAGGUUUCCUACUCUGCCGCGUGUGUUUGCUCCCUGCUACCAAGGCUUCCCCUGCGCUUCCGCAGCUCCGCUUCUGCCCCAGGCGUGCUCCGCACGCACGGCCCGAAGGUGACAUGGGCUUCCCCCAAGUCCCAGAGGCCAGCGGCCAGCGCUGGGGGCCUGUGCUCCUCGCUUUCUUCUUGGCUGCCUCCCAAGGUCUGGCGACAGCCUUCAAGGUCGCCACGCCGUAUUCCUUGUAUGUGUGUCCGGAGGGGCAGAACGUCACCCUCACCUGCAGGAUCUUGGGCUCCACAGCCAAAGGGCACGACGUGGCCUUCUAUAAGACAUGGUUUCGCAGCCUGCGGGGCGAGGUGCAGGUUUGUUCCAGUCGGCGGCCUAUCCGCAACCUCACGUUCCAGAACCUUCACCUGCACCACGGCAGCCACCAGACCGCCAACACCAGCCAGGAUCUGGUCCGCCACCACGGUUUAGAGUCGAUCUCCGACCACCAUGGUAACUUCUCCAUCACCAUGCUUAACCUGACCCUAGUGGACAGCGGCCUCUACUGCUGCCUCGUGGUGGAGAUCAAGCACCACCACUCGGAGCAGAGGGUCCACGGUGCCAUGGAGCUGCAGGUGCAGAGAGGUGAAGAGGCGCCAUCCAAGUGCAUCGCAUACCCCGCCUCCCCCAGGGAGAGUGAAAGCAUCACGGCUGCCGCCCUGGCUACAGGCGCCUGUAUCGUGGGCAUCCUUUGCCUUCCCCUCAUCCUGCUCCUGGUCUACAAGCAAAGGCAGGUGACCUCCAACCGCCGUGCCCAGGAGCUGGUGCGGAUGGACAGCGGCAACGCUCAAGGACUUGACAACCCCGGCUAUGAGGCCUCUCCUUCCCCUCACGGGAUGCCGGAGGCCAAGCCCAGGCCCCCACUGUCCUACGUGGCCCAGCGGCAGCCUUCUGAGUCUGGGCGGCACCUGCUCUCGGAGCCCAGCACUCCCCUGUCUCCACCAGGCCCUGGGGAUGUCUUCUUCCCAUCUCUAGACCCUGUUCCUGACUCCCCAAACUCUGAGGCCAUCUAGACCACCUGGUCUAGAGUGGGCAGCUGUGGCUGGACCCGGGGCAGGUGCAUUUGGGCCAGGCUGGCCCUCUGAGUGGUCCUUUGGCCUCGGGCCUGGUUUCCUUCCUUCUUCUCUGAGCCCGGACUCUUUGAGAUACCCCUGAUGGCCAGAUUCUUAAACCCUCUGGAUGCUACGUGGCAGAAAGGAGAAGGCCAGCCCCCAUCUGAAGAAUGGUGGCGUGCUGGGAUCCCAGCCCAGAGACCGGAAAUCUGCCAGCUACAGAUGCCAAAUGGCCUGCGUCUGAAAAGCCCCAGAAUUUCCAGCUGCGGGGCAGCCUCUCUGAGACAUGAGCUUUGGGACUUGACAAAACAGAUGGGACAAGAUGGGCACUGAGCAGACCCCCACCCGCAGUGCCACCCUCCCCAGCGUGAGACGCAGGAUGAGGUGUGGAGAGAUUCUCCUCCACUGUGUUGGGCCAGCUCCCCCCCUCUCCUGAGGCUGUUCAUCUGUCAGACUCGCUCUUUGUAACCAUGGGGCUCUGGGGCUGGGCCUGCCUGUCCCUGGGCUACGGGAGCCCCCCACCCAGUGCAACUGCCUCCUACCAGUUACCUCUCCUUGGGGCUGCUGGCAGGCUAAUCACAUCUGAGGCUUCCACGGCCUGCACUCUGAUCUCCAGAGUCCACUGGCCAGAGGCCCCCAAAUGGGAAGUACACAUUGGAGCACGGUGGCCAUUGUGAGCCAACUGGCAUCUUGGGCAAUGGAGACCAGGCCACAGGUUGCACACCCACCCCAGAUGGGGGUGAGGGAGAGCCCAGGGGCCUGCUGGGAAGGUGAGUGGAGACGGUUCCACUUCCUCUGCCUCCCCUGUGGCCCUCCUCCACUGCUCAGUGUGGCCAAGAGAGUGACCGCAUAAUGUAUUGUACAAACUGUGACACUUGAGAGUGAAGAGGGGGUGCUAUUAAAAAGUACAUGGGCGACAGGUGCAAACCCUGUGGACGGAUUGUUAA